AGUUUUAGUUCGGUUUUAGCUCUCAUUCUGUGUGGACGCCUUGCUUACGCCAAGCAUACGUACGCGUCGUUCAAGUGCGUCGCGAGCAGCGCACACAUACAGCCACAGUCGAGGAACCUACACAGACCCCCUCACAUUCACACAAGCACACGCACACACAUACACAUGCAUAAUAAGUUAAAGGCACAAGCAGCAGCAGCAGCCGCGCGGUAACAACGCCAAAUUAUCGAGUCUGCGCCAAAAAGUGAUAGCAAUUGUUGUUAAUCUUAAAGUUGUGCAAGAAGAAAUCAAAGCGUACCCUUAACCAAGGUGGAAGUGCCCCAAAAAUAUUGAAGGCGCAAUUCAUCGCCGUUGUUCCGUUGCUUUUUCCCAUCUGUUCGCGUCGCCGUCGCCGUCGUCGUCGUCGUCGCAGUUGACGUCGCCUCGUUGUGUUGCGUCGCGUCGCGUUGGUUCGUCGCCUCGUCAACUGUUUUGUUGUUGUGUUGGUCGCGCGUUAGCAUCGUAAGCUUCUCGCUGGCUGUCCGCCGUCGGCAGCUGCAGCCAGCAAUGUGCGACAUGUCACAUGUCUUGGCCUCAGCAUCUCCUGCUUCCUUCGACUUCAUUUGUUGCCUUUGACGGCAGCCGCAGCAGCAGCAGUAGCAACAAUGCGCUAAUAAAAACGGAGCAAGUGCAAAAGGCAACGACGAAUUCACAACUCCCUCUCCGGUCCCUUUCAGUAGCCCUCAAACAUGUCUCUGAACUAAACUUGUGUGCUUCAAACGCAGAUGCAAAUUGAUCGUCGCGAGUGCAAAAGUGACGUCACAAUUUAACGAAAGCAACAGUAGCAACAACGAUAACGAUAACGAUAACGAUUGUCAUUGCAAUUGCGAUAACUAGUUUAACUGGCUACAAAUGUGGCGCUGCAGCAAGUGCAGUAAAUGCGGCACGUUGUUAUAACGUUGAGCAUUGGGAAUAUUGAACACAGCAGCGCCAGCUGCAGUAGAAUAACAGUACCAGAAACGGUAGCAGCAACUACAACAGCAACAACAACAAAAUGGCAGUGACAAAAGCCGAAACUGAAGCAGCAGCAGAACCGCGACUACAGCAAGAGCAACAACAUCAAGAACAACAACAACAACAUCAACAACAACAGCAGCAUCAACGCAACUGCAACAAUUACUGUUGCCGGCAACAACGGAAGCACCAGCAGCAUCAACAACAACAACAUCAUCAACAACAACUACAGCAACAGUCGCAUUGGAUUAAACAUCUUCAAGUGCUGUGCAUUGUUGUCGCAUUACUCCUGCUGCCCGCAUCGGUCCAUGGCCAGCAGCAAAAGUUUCGCACCACUCCGCACGAUCUGCAAGUGCUCGAAGGAGCCGAGGCCAUGAUGCGCUGCGAGGUGGCCAACGUAGCUGGUGCCGUGCAGUGGACAAAGGAUGGCUUUGCUCUCGGCUUCUCCGCUGUUAUACCCGGCUUUCCACGCUACUCAGUGCUGGGAGAUCGACGACAGGGCGUCUACAAUCUGCGCAUCUCGAAUGCCUCCACGCACGACGAUGCCGAGUAUCAGUGCCAGGUGGGGCCAGCCCGCCUCAACUCAGCGAUUCGUGCCAAUGCCAAGCUGACUGUCAUAUCGCCACCUGCAUCGAUCGAGAUCAAAGGAUACAGCCACAACUCCAAGGUGGAGGUGCGCGAAAACCAGGACUUAACACUCAAGUGCAUUGUGGCCAACGCCAAGCCCGAGGCACAAAUUGUUUGGUACCGCGGCAACGUCGAAUACAAGCCAGAAAAACGGGAUGAUAAGGUGGAGGAGACGACGCCUAAGAGGUUCACGACCACGUCCAGUCUGAAGUUGAAGCCUGGUGCUGAUGAUGACUACACGGAAUACACGUGCCAGGCGAAACACAAGGCGCUCUCGCCGGAUAUGCCGAUGCGUGCCACAGUUCAACUGUCCGUGUUGUAUCCACCCGGUCCGCCGUAUAUUGAGGGCUACUCGACUGGCGAUAUACUGCGUCGCGGUCAGACAGUGGAGCUCAUGUGUCGCAGUCGCGGCGGCAAUCCGCCUGCUCAACUCAUCUGGUACAAGAACGGCUCCCAGAUACGCAUGGCAUACAGGACAUCUGGGCGGCUGUCGGAAAACAUUUACAGCUUCACCGCGGAGGCUGGCGACAACAAGGCGCGAUUCCGAUGCGAGGCGAGCAACGUCAUGUCUCAGACACCGCUCAAGGCGGAAGUCGAUUUGGCUGUUCUAUUCGCCCCAUCACAAGUCACGGUUACGGGACCGACGGAGGCGCGAGUUGGCGACGUUAUUCCCCUAACGUGCGCCACGGCGCCCUCAAAUCCGCCCGCGGAUAUCAAAUGGAUGGUGGCUGGACGCCAGAUACGAAAUGCUACCUCAAAGACGACCGUCAGCACAGAAGGGGGAUGGACAACCAGCUCUAAUAUCACUACCAUUGUGGAGCCUAACAAGCGUUCGCUAGUCGUCAUCUGCCAUGGCCUAAACAUGCAGCUCACAGAGAACGUGGUCGCCACGCAUACGAUCAACGUCUUAUAUCCACCCGCGCCGCCAUUAAUUUCGGGCUAUAUCGAGGGACAAAUUAUACCAGCUGGUUCGGUGCAAAAACUGCUCUGCGUUUCAUCAGGCGGCAAUCCGCUGGCAACGUUAACGUGGUACAAAAACGACAAGCGGAUCAACUCGGUGAUUCGGGCUGCAGACAAAUCCGUUUCGGCCGAAAUAACUAUUUUGGCCAACGUCACCGAUAACCAGGCCCAAUACCGAUGCGAGGCCUCGAACAGUGCCACCGAAAUACCGCUGUUCGAGUCGACAACGCUUAGCGUGCACUUUGCGCCAGAGACGGUAAAAAUACGCAUUGAACCGGAAGAACUGCGACCUGGCAUGGAGGCAACCAUCAUUUGUGACUCGAGCUCAAGCAAUCCACCGGCAAAGCUGUCCUGGUGGAAGGAUGGCAUAUCCAUUGAAGGCAUUAAUAAUACGUCGAAGCCAGGUCUCUGGGGCGGCACGGUCUCCACGCUCGAGUUCAAGCUAAACAUCACCCAGGAAAUGAACGGUGUGGUCUACACCUGCCAAAGCGCCAACGAGGCACUGCAGCGCAGUGUCCACGAGGCAGUCAGCCUCAAUGUGCUCUUUCGACCCAAGUUUGUGCCACCGCCAUCGUGGACAUCGGUGGGGUUGGAGGGUGAGUCCUUGCAGGUGCCGCUGCAAGCGAAUGGUAAUCCCGAAGCUGUUGUCUAUACGUGGACAAAGAACGGCGUUGCCAUACCGCAGGAUUCGAGUGGCAGCGUUUCUGCUGGCGAGCAUCGCAUAUUUGCCGAUGGCGCUGUGCUUAACUUUACCAAGCUGCAUCGUGACGAUGCUGGGAUAUAUUCCUGCACAGCCUCUAACUCACAGGGCAAAGCGAAUCUCAACAUAACCGUUGUGGUUGAAUAUGGCACCACUAUCAAGUCCGUGUCGGAGAACAUUAUUGUGAAUCCCGGCGAGGAUGCGAUGCUCUCCUGUAGCGUUGAGGGCAAACCGCUUGCCGAGGAGCAUGUGAAGUGGGAGCGUGUCGGCUAUGACAUGAAGGUGAAGACCGCCACAACCUUCACCAAUGGCACUGCCUAUCUGCACAUCAAGGAUGCCCAGCGAGAGGAUGUGGGAAACUUUCGCUGCGUCGCCGACAAUCAUGUGGCCAAUCCCACCAACCGCGACGUCCUGCUCAUCGUCAAGUUUGCCCCUGAGAUAGCCAAGUCGCCAACAAUGCUGCGAGCAGCGAGCGGAACUGGGGAGCGUGGCAAGUUGCCGUGCCGUGCCCAAGCAUCGCCAAAACCGCAGUUCAUUUGGCGGCAGGACAACAAGGAGCUGCCCAUCAACCAUACGUUCAAGUACGAGGUGGAGGAGCGCAAGAUUGACUCGCUCACCUAUGAGUCCUCUCUCAUCGUCGAGAAGGUGGCGCCCGCCGACUAUGGAGCUUAUGAGUGCGUUGCCCGCAACGAGCUCGGCGAGGACAUCGAGACUGUGCGCCUGGACAUCACCUCACAGCCCGAGCCGCCGCUCAGUCUCAACAUUCUGAAUGUGACCCAUGACACGGUGACUGUGGCUUGGACGCCAGGCUUUGAUGGCGGACUAAAGGCCUCCUAUCGCGUUCGAUAUCGCAUGGCAGACCGCGAGCAGUACAAAUACAUUGAUGGUCUGCCCAACAGUCACAAGCUGACCAUUGGCGGACUGAGGAUGAACACGAUGUAUUUGUUCUCCGUGAUGUCCUGGAAUGAUUUGGGCCAGAGCAGUUACCUGCCGGAUUUGACGCGAGCCCAGACCAAAGAGGCGCCGCCGCCAUCACAUCCAGCAUCAUCGCUUGGCGGUGGUCCGCCGACCACCAGUCAGACUCCAUUGGGCGGCACCUCGGGCAUGCUGCUGGUGGGCGUGGCCUCCGGCAUCACUGUUGUGUUGCUCAACGUGUUUGUCAUCGGCUGCUGCCUGCACAAGCGCAACGAGAAGCGUCUGAAGCGAGGACUUGAAAUGCUGCCAGCCGAGCUAACGGAGGACUCCAGCAACACACCGAAUCUGGUCAUAAUUGGCAUCUCUCUGGCGGCAUUUGGAUUCCUCUUGGUCAAUGCGGCGCUCGUUGCCUGGUUCAUUGUGCAUCAACGUCGCAAAAAAGUGGCGGAAACUACAAAUCAACCAGGCAAAACGGCGACCAUCGAAAUGUACGCGCCCAGCUCGUACAAUGACACCGUUACCGGCGAGACACUGUCCAGCGUGUCGGAGAAGAGCGAGUCCUACUCCAAUGAGGGCAGUCAACCGGAAUACAUUGACGAGGCGCGAAAGAAGGCUGCAUCGACGUAUCUGGUGGAGAGCGCUGACAUGCCACCGCCCAGAUACCAAAAGGACGGCACCCUGCCAGCAUUAUAUCCAAAUAAUAUGGUGAACGCUUGCACGCUGCCACAUCCGAGGCACAACAAUGGCCACGCCGCGGCUAUGACGCGCGACGAUCAGAUGCUCAUCAGCAAGGGCGUUUACAUUCCGUCCCCGUCGCCAGCACCGCCGCCGGAUGGUUCCUACUACAACAUGAACAGUGACAGAUAUUUGUCGUAUCCGCCUUUGGAAUACCCGGCAGCAUUGGACUUCAGUGGACCGCCCCUGGCGAUGGCACAUCUGCAGCCCAUGCCCAUUACGGUUACCUCACAGGCGGCGGCGAUGCUGUCGAGCAACGGAGGCGCGACGCUCGUUGGUAACGGCGGCUCUGGUACCUUGAGGCGUGGCAUCUUGCGGGGCGUUGUGGGAGUGCCGCCUCCCGAUGUAACACAUCACACGACAGCCGGCGGCAGUCCGAUGCAAAUACUGCACGAUCUGCAUCCGGUGAAUCUGAGUGCAACCACGCUGACCACGAGUACAACGCUCAAUGGCAGCAUGACGACAGCACUGCCGCUCGGCACUGCGACGCUGCCACGUCAACCCCACGGCAUCCUCAAGGAUCCCAAUCGCAAUAAGCAACAGCAGCAGCAACAACAGCACCAGCAGCAGCAGCUACAACAACAGCAACAGCUGCUUAAUGCCAGCCUGGUGGGCGUGCCGGUGUCGGCGCCCGUUGGCAGCCUGCAGAUCUUGAAUCUGCCAGCGACGAGUGCGGCUGGACUGGGCAACAAUUUGCUGAUGACAACCAGUGCCACCUACGACCCAGCGUCGCUCAGCAGCUUCAACUCGAGUGGCGGCGGACCCGGCGGUCUCCCAGUGGCCUACACAGAUGCUGACGGCCAUCUCGUAUAGCUGUAGGCUGAGACUGGGGCAGAGCAGCAACCCCGGUACUAAGAGAGAGGUAGAGGGAGAGGGAGUGGUAGGGCAGGCUAGGGCAGGGGGCAACAUUCAUCGCCUAACUGAAUGCUAAUCCAACAUGGUAACUACUUGCAAACAGCAUACAUACAUACAAACAUACUCGUACUCGUAUAUCUCGUAACGUACUCUUGACUUGACUCGACUUGACCCGUAGCUAGAGUUUAGGAGCUUUCUCUUCUUCAGCAUGUGUCUCCUCGGUCCUCGACGUGUACAGGAGCAACAGCAGCAACAGCAGCAACAGCAGCAACAGCAGGACAACUGUCCAUUACCUUAUUCAAAUCAGCUACGGAAUUAGUUUAUGUAAAUUUUUAAAACGGACACACACUUCCUCCGCAGCCAAGCCACAGAACAUUGGACUGUUUAUUUAGAUAAAGAACGCACCGAUCUCAUUGCUUGGCCAUAGCCUGGAGAGGAAGGAGCACGACUGACCAACGCUCCAGCUCCUACUUUUUGCCUCUUGCUAAUUAGCUUCGUUGGCAGCAAUAACAACGGCCAUAACAACAACUUUGAGCAGUCAGUCAGUCCACAGCUGCGAAAGGGAACGAGCGGAAGCUGGUCAAAAAUUUUGAAAUUAGUUCAGUGGAACGAACGAAAACAGCGCACAGCCGUUUGACAGCUCCCUAGGGCGUGCUCAGGCCUCAAGUCGCUGGGCACGUGAUUGUGCUGGGCGCACGGAGGCGUGGCAGCGCCAACAAAAGGCAAAAUUAUAAAAAUAAAAAUAAAAUAAUACAAGUUGAGCAGUUGACAGCAGCAGCAGCAAGUUACAGCGAGCGAUUAGUUUGUCCCGUCACCUCCAGCGCCAGCUCCAGCUCCACCUCCACCUUGAAACUUCCAUUCCACUCUGACUCUGCGCCUGGAAGUUAGUGCUUUCAUAUAUUGAGAGGCAUCCUCCGAUAGAAGCAAACGAAUUUGUUUGUCGAGCGCAUUUGUUGCUCGACCCCCCGACAACAACAACAACUGUCACGCCCCCUUUCUUUGUGCUCUCACAUUAUCUGCAGCUACUAUAGAUACAUAUAUACAUAUAUACAUGUAUAUACUAUAUAUUCAAAAGGGGACAAUUCCGCAUUUGGAUUGCGAUCUAUGUGGCAAGGACUCGUUUCGGAGCCGUUCUUAAGUGCUUGCCGCACAUUUGCUUCUCGCUACUGCUGAUGAUUCUACUUCUACUUCUGAUGCUGCUGCCACUGCUGCGUCGUUGCAGCUCAGCGAGCGUGACAUGCUCAUCUUGGGUACGCCAUUAACUUCUGUUGCUGGCCGCGCUGGAGCACAUCAUGACAAUUCUAUUAUGUAGUACCAUCAAUGCCGAGCAAUUUAAAACACACGCAGCAGCGCAUCGCCCGCUUCUUUUCUCUUCUCUUCUC